AUGCUUGCAGAGGCGGCGUCUCGCCUCAACGUUGAUGUUGUCAUCGGAGAAGAUGCACCUGCGAAGCAGAUUGUCGCUCAAAGGCUUCCUCGCAUUGUGCAUGUCGAUGGAUCCUUCACCGACUUGGCCAAGAUCCGCGAGCUGGCGUUAAAGGUGGACGUCCUCACCGUGGAGACCGAACAUGUCGAUAUCUCUGUUCUGGAUGAUGUGCAGCCUUCGCUUCCUCUUGGUGUGCAUCCCAGCCCGUCCACGAUCCGAACAAUUCAAGACAAGUUCGUUCAAAAGCAGCAUCUGGCCGCGCAUAGUUGUCCAGUGUCUGACUUUAUGCAAGUUGACUCUACCGUUGAAAAUCUGAUGCUCAAGAGCCGUACACUGGCGUACAAUGGCAGGGGGAACUUUGUCGUUCGCGACGUAUCCCAGAUCGACGACGCUAUCCACGCUCUCGGUGACCGGCCAUUAUAUGUGGAGAAAUGGGUGCCCUUCAUUCAAGAGAUCGCUGUCAUCGUAGUGCGCUCGGCGGCCGGCCACGUUGUGUCUUAUCCAGCCGUGGAGACAGUUCAUAAGGACAACAUAUGCCAUCUUGUGUUUGCUCCUCUGCGCUCAAGCGACCCUGCCGUUGCUUCUUGCGCUCGUUCUGUAGCGGAAGCGGCAGUCAAGACGUUGCACGGAUCUGGUGUAUUUGGCGUUGAGAUGUUCCUCAUGGCAGACGGCACGAUAUACCUGAACGAGAUUGCUCCACGGCCACAUAAUUCGGGACACUAUACCAUUGAGGCUUGCGAUACAUCUCAAUACGAGAAUCAUCUCCGCGCGAUAUUGUCCCUGCCACUUGGUUCCACGGCUCUUAAGGUUCCUUCGGCGGUAAUGCUCAACCUCUUGGGCGCAUCAGACAGCAUGGAACGGAUCAAGGCGAUAGCAGAAUAUGCGCUCUCCAUACCUGGCGCAAGUCUCCACCUCUACGGUAAGAAACUUCCGUCACUGAGCGACGAGAAAGAGAUCGAGAUGUACUCGCCGCUGCCUCCGGACAAGGGUCAUUCGCACCGUAGACCGCUCAUUGGCGUUAUCAUGGGCUCCGACUCAGAUUUGCCGGUAAUGCUCGCCACGGCACAUAUCCUCGACCAUUUCAGCGUGGCAUACGAAUUGACGAUCGUCUCUGCGCACCGCACACCUGACCGUCUGGUGGAAUAUGCACGGUCGGCAGCAGCGAGGGGGCCGAGGGCGAUCAUCGCUGGCACUGGCGGUGCGGCUCACCUUCCCGGAAUGGUUGCGGCGAUGACUUCACUUCCAGUUAUCGGUGUGCCGAUUAAGGGCACCUCGCUUGAUGGCGUUGACUCACUGCAUAGCAUUGUGCAGAUGCCCAGGAGAGUUCCUGUUGCGACGGUCGCCAUCAAUAAUGCAACAAAUGCUGGGCUGCUGGCGGUUCGCAUCUUAGGGAAUGGCAUUCCGCAUCGAAUAAGUGCUAUGGACAGCUACCUGACAGAAAUGGAAGGAGAGGUGAUGGCCAAAGUGGAGAAGCUUGAUGAAUAUGGCUGGGAAGAGUAUGGGGUGAAGCACUGAAAUUCAUUUCAAUGCCUGAACGGUUGUAUAUUCCAUCUUUCCACAACAAAACAUUGUCACUCGGUACUCAAUUCGAUAUCGCACCGUCGAAUAUCCAUUAUCUGCAGUGAAGAGCAAUUCUACAGUGUGUGCGGUUAAGUCGCC